AUCUACAGCCAUAUACAUUGUCAUUAAAUGAUGCCAUUUACAAAAUUACCAACCUGAGCAAUUUGCAUUUAAAUCAUGAUAAGCUAUGUUAUGAGGCGGGAGAAGCUCUAGCUGAAGCUUUAUGUACAAAUCCUAAUUUAAAAUGCUUGGAUUUAAGUUCAAAAAAACUAUGUAAUGGGGCGGGGCAAGAAAUUUUCCGGGCACUAGGCAAUAACAACACAGUAACAAAUUUAAAUUUAGAAAACAACUAUCUUGGUGACGAUACAAUAAUGGCUCUAGCCAAGGCUCUGAAUAAAAACACUUCCCUUAUAUGCUUAAAUUUAAGGAAUAAUCGAUUUGACAGUAAAGCUAUAAAAACACUAGCUGAAGCUUUAUGCAAAAAUAUCACCUUAACUAAUUUAAAUUUAAGUAAUAAUAAAUUAGAUGAAUUUGGAGAGAAGGCGCUGGCUACUUUAUUCCAAAAUACCGCCUUAACUAAUUUAGAUUUAAAUGAGAAUAAUCUAGGUGAAUCAGGAGUAAAAUCACUGUCUGAAGCUUUAUGCACAAAUACUACCUUAACUAAUUUAGAUUUAAGUAAGAAUGGUCUAGGCUAUUCAAAAGUAAAAAUACUGGCUGAAGCUUUAUGCAAAAAUAACACCUUAACGAAUUUAAAUUUACAACGUAAUAACUUAGGUGAAUCAGGAGGAAAAGCACUGGCUGAAGCUUUAUGCAAAAAUAACACCUUAACGAAUUUAAAUUUACAACAUAAUAGCUUAGGUGAAUCAGGAGGAAAAGCAUUGGCUGAAGCUUUAUGUAAAAAUACCACCUUAACGAAUUUAAAUUUACAAUAUAAUAACUUAG